GGGUUUUGCGGGGCGUCGAGGCCCUAUUCUGCGCCAGAGCGCUGGCGUAGGCCGCUUCUCACCCCGCCUUUCCUUCCUCCUGCUCCGCGUUUCUCCUGUCCUCCUGCGCUAAGUGUAGACGUAGGGCCCCUUGGCCCAGUCUUGAUCGCCUAAAUUCAGAGCACGUCCUUCCGAAGUGAAGGAAAGCGAAACCCCACCCAACCGAUUGCUGUUCCGCUGCGGCCGGGUCCUCGGAUCGGGUCGAGCCUGGGUGAGCGGCCAGUAGCCGAGACUCGAGAGUGGAGGCUGUGUUGCACAGACUCUGGAACCAUGAACAUAUUUGAUCGAAAGAUCAACUUUGAUGCGCUUUUAAAAUUUUCUCAUAUAACCCCCUCAACACAGCAGCACCUGAAGAAGGUCUACGCAAGUUUUGCCCUUUGUAUGUUUGUGGCGGCUGCGGGGGCCUAUGUCCAUGUGAUCACUCAUUUCAUUCAGGCUGGCCUGCUGUCUGCUUUGGGCUCCCUGAUAUUGAUGAUUUGGCUGAUGGCAACACCUCACAGCCAUGAAACUGAGCAAAAAAGACUGGGACUUCUUGCUGGAUUUGCUUUCCUUACAGGAGUUGGCCUGGGCCCUGCCCUGGAGUUUUGCAUUGCCAUCAACCCCAGUAUCCUUCCCACCGCUUUCAUGGGCACAGCAAUGAUCUUCACCUGCUUUACCCUGAGUGCACUCUAUGCCAAGCGUCGUAGCUACCUCUUUCUGGGAGGUAUCUUGAUGUCAGCCCUGAGCCUAUUGCUUUUGUCUUCCCUGGGGAAUGUUUUCUUUGGAUCCAUUUGGCUUUUCCAAGCAAACCUAUAUGUGGGACUGGUGGUCAUGUGUGGCUUUGUCCUUUUUGAUACUCAACUCAUUAUUGAAAAGGCUGAAAAUGGAGAUCAAGAUUAUAUCUGGCACUGCAUUGAUCUCUUCUUAGAUUUCAUUACUCUCUUCAGAAAACUCAUGAUGAUCCUGGCCCUGAACGAAAAGGAUAAGAAGAAAGAGAAGAAAUGAAGUGACCAUCCAGCCUUUCCUGAAUUUGACUUACUCUCCUUCCACCCCUCAUUUCCUUUUCGCACACAUUACAGGUGGUGUGUUCUGUGAUAAUGAAAAGCAUCAGAAAAGCUUUUGUACUUUGUGGUUUCCUCUAUUUUGAAUUUUUUGAUCAAAAAACUGAUUAGCAGAAUAUAGUUUGGAGUUUGGCUUCGUCUUCCUGGGGUUCUCCUCGCUCCCUUUUUUGUUAGCCCCAUCCAUAGCCUCUUCCUCUGCUCAGGCAGCCAACUCGCUGUGAUGAGGAGUUGGGACUAGCAGAAGACGCUAACUUCAGGAGUCCACUUUCCCACCAGUGGACCUGACUGUUUGGUAUAGCCACCCGGCCCUUCCUUCCUUAUCAUUGUUAGGUAUGCACACAGUUCCUAUGGGACUGGGCCAUGAGUUUUCCAUUGGAAAGAAGUUCACUGUCCCAUUGUUAACUCAGCCUUGUUAUAUCUGAACUGUCAGGCCCUACAAAGAAAAUGGAGAGCCUCUUCUGGUGGAUGCUUUGCUUUUUCUGAGCUGCCCACGCUGGUCUGGCAAACAUACCUUUCUGCUUUGCCUUCACAAAAGUAAUGUGGAUUUUUGUGUGUUUCCUCUCCCACCCCUUGCCUGACCCUCAGCCAGUCAGCCUGCUUCCAUCCAUGGGUGGGGAAGACCAGCAGCACAAAGGGAAGACUAAUUCUUGUCAGGCAUUUUUCAAAAGGCUGAUUAUAUAUCUCAAGGUACACCAUCGUAGGAUUCCCCUAAACUUGCCCUGUUUUUGUUUUUUUAGUUGGUUAUCCCCUUACCGAAUGUUCUCUACUAGGUAGCUAUGAUUAAGUGUCCCAAGAGAGCAAGGAUAGGGAAAGGGAAUGGUUGAACCUCUGAAGCUCAUUGUAACCAAUCCUGCCAGACCUGUUUGGGGCAGCGGGGAGCAAAAUCUUUACUAACCAAGCGGUUCCUUGUUGAACGGGGCUGUGAUAACGUAGGAGGCAGCAAUCCUAAUAGUCCUUCAGUGCAUUUUAGUCUAUCCCGAACUAGAAUACCAAUUGGUGAAGUCAAGCCAGAGAUUCGGAGCAGUAGAUAAAUGUUCACUUUACUGAUGCACUUUAGUUUUUGGUCUGUUACCUAUUUUCCGGAAAUUUGUGGCCUUUUAGGCAGGAGUUCGGUGACCAAACCAGUGAGAGCCCCAAUCCCUGCAGCUUUUGGCUUCCAAGUGUGGGUGGACAGUUCUAAUGGCGAUCUCCAGCUCCUUCCCUGUGGGCUGCCACAAACAGCUGCCCACAGAGGGGCCAGUGUGGGGCGUGAUUGUUUCUCUGAGCUGCUCUACAGGGCUACAGUGUGAGAGGAUCGAGCCUUUGAAAGCUCAUUACCAGUAGGACAUAAUUUUUGGCUGUCCUUAUUCACAACCAGUGCACAGUUUGACACAGUGGCUGUGGGUUCACAGUGCACCAUGUCACUGUGCUAUCCUAUGAAACCAUUUGUUUCCAAGUUGUGUUUAUUCCUGGAGUGGCAUGCCACCCAGAAUGGCUCACUUUCACUGAGGAUGCUGUUCUGAUUUAGCUGCUGCCUCCAGCCUCUGGCUUGAUAACUUAAUAAAGGGACUUUCUUCCUAUUAAACCCCUGUUAGCACCUCUCCAUAAAUUUGGUGAUUCUCUGCCAGGCCCAAGAAUUUGAGUUACAUCUCUUGAAGCCAAACUCUACUUCUGUGCUUUUAUUGCUUGGACUAAUGGAGUUCUUUAGAAACAGUGCCAAGAAUGACAAGAUAUUUGAAAAAAAAAACUACUUUUAAAAAAAAAUGCCUAACAGAUUUUUAAAAUACAGUUAUCUCUAAUUACCACUUUCUUUUCUAGUUCCUUAAUUUUCAGCUCAGGCUGCAUUCUAACUCAUACUGUGAAGACAAAGGUGUUUUUGAUUCAGAAAUAUAUGAAAUCUACAUAGUCUUAAUUUGUAAAAAAUAAAAUUCGUUAACCUUU